ACUAUAAACACCGGCCUAAAACACCUGCGCAUGAGUGGCGAUGUGCCUUGUCAGGCUUACAACCAAAGAGAGAGAGAGAGAGACGCACCUUGUCUGUCGUUUGCACCUCAUUUGUCAGUAUACUCUUUCCAAGUGUCAAUUUUUUGAGAAUACGAAUUUUUCUCGUUUCUCCGCGAUCAUCAGAUACGCAUAUGCUCGUACGAAACUCGAAAAGCACAGCACGCAUUUAACGCGUCGCUCUGAGUAUUUCAACUGAUGUGUAAAUCGGCGACCGCGUAUAGGUUAGGAUGAGGGGCCUCGCGAAUGUCCUGAAGAUGCUCGUCGCAUUCUUUUACAAUUAUGCACGCGGGCUGUCUUACACCGUGACGACGAUACUCGUGCUGUGUUACUGCCUUCAUCCGGCCCGAUUCGCGUCUCACUACACCUUCAUCAAAGCCGAGAACAUUUACGAGGAGAUGGAGAGGUCGUAUCCGCCGCGGGACAACUCCUGCGCGAUCCCCGUGAACGGUAGACGACCGUCUCAGCUGCUGUACCCGGAGGAGCAUCCCAGAGAAGACCCGGUGGCGAUGGCGCGUCGCCUCGGCAUCUUACCGGGCGGUCAGUGGAAGCCCCUCAACUGUCACCCCCUCUUCAAUGUGGCCAUCAUAUUGCCGUAUCGCAAUCGACAGAGUCAGCUCGCUGUUUUUAUGAAUUACAUACAUCCGUUUCUGCAGACGCAGAAUCUCGACUAUCGGAUAUUCGUCAUCGAGCAGAGCCCGAUGCGGGAAUUCAAUCGCGCCAAGCUCUUCAACGUCGGCUACGCCGAGGCUACCAAGAUCAACGACUUUCACUGCUUCAUCUUCCAAGACAUAGACUUGAUACCGCAGAAUCCCGACAAUAUCUACGCGUGCACCAAGAUGCCCAGGCAUAUGAGUUCCAGUGUAAAUAUCUUUCGAUACAAUCUACCCUACACCGGCUUGUUCGGCGGUGCGAUAUCGUUAACGAGGAAACAGUUUGAGAGAGUGAACGGUUUCUCUAACGUUUUCUACGGUUGGGGCGGAGAAGACGACGACUUUUACAAUCGUCUACAAUCCAGAGGUUUUCAGAUCACACGAUUUGGACCUGAUGUGGCACAGUAUUAUAUGUUGACGCAUAAAAAGGAGACUCCCAGUACUGCAAGAUUCGCAAAUUUGGAGAGCGGUGCGCGAAGAUACGACACUGAUGGACUUAAUAAUCUGGAAUACAGAGUAUUGAAUCAUCAGUUACGGCCGUUGUAUUCCUGGAUUCUGGCUGAUGUGUAAUUUAUAGGUGUAAGUUUUUUUUAUCCAAUGUACCGUAACAUAUCUUUCUUAAAUCAGCUAUGAUUAUAAAUUAUGACAUAGCACAACACUAUUUUUUAGAAACAGAGUGAACUGCUAGAUUCAUCAAACACGCAUAAUUGUUAGUUUGCUGUGAUAGAGAUUUAUGUUUAAAUACCACAAUAAUUUUUGCUAAUGUUGAAAAAUAUUCGCAUUUUGUGCAGUGAGGAAAUUUCAAACAAUCACAAUUUGAAUAUUGUAACCAACAUUUUGUAGUGUAUGUGAGUCUGCAGUCACAAACGCUUUUCCGAUAUCAGUAUUGAUAGUAGUGACAAUAGCGGCAAUAGUAAUUAACAGUUUGUACAAAACUUUAAAAAGAGAAAUAGCAUAAAAAGAGAAAAAGCAUAAUAAUAUAGUUAUGUAAGUGAUAAGGAUUAAAGACUGUGUAAUCAUCAGAAGCGUUUCUUUCAUGUAACUCAUCAGAAUAAGAGAAAGCAAUACCGUUUGGAAAUAUCUUCUGAUACUCAAACUAUUAAACAAUUGCUGCACUAAAUUUUAUAUAUAUUUAAUUUCAACAUUUUUGAUAUUUUAAUUACACGUUACAUUUAUCAUAUGAGAGAAUUGCAGUUGUUUAAUGGUACAAAUUCAUUCCAUAGGAAAUACAUUAUUAUAGUCUUUGGUGAAACCAUGCUUACCUCAUGACCAAAGAUGUACUAGUCUUAACAUAUAUCUUAUGUUGUAUGAUUAUGAUAGUACAAUAAUAUUGUAUCGAUUAUUUCUAUGAAAAGUAUAAAUAUUAAAAUAAGUAGAUUUUUGUUAUAAAACAAACUUUGACGAAAUAUUUUGUAAGUACUUAAAUAUAAAUGCAAUUAAAUUAGAAAACUCUCUUUAUAUAUAAAUAUAUAUAUAUAUAUAUAUAUAUAUAUAUAUAUAUACACAUAUACAUAAGAACGCUCACUCUUUACUAAUAUUUAUAGCACUAAUUUAUUACUACAAAUAUGAUUUUCUACACAAAUCGUAAAUAAAAUAUAAUAUAGAGGUAUUGAAUAUUUUGUUUUACAUUUCUGGAGAUGUGAACAAAAAAUAAUAGUGACAGAAUAAUAAUUAAUUUAAGUAUAUUGUUACGACGAUAAAAUAUAUUGUAAAAUUAAUACGCGUUUAAUAAUUAGAGAAACAUACAUUUGAUGAUCUGCACUUGUAUCUUUUAAUGCAGAAAUUGUUGAGCGGAUAUACUGUAUAUUUGGAAAAUUUUUUUAAAUAGUUUUUAAAUAUUUAUGUAUUUAUUGUUUCUAAGUUUCUUCUGAAAAUUGCAGAUCUCAUGCAUAUUAAUAUUGUUAAGUAUUACAAUGUCUAUCACAGGACAUGUAGAUUUUAAAUAAAUGUAAAAAGAUUUUA